UCAGGUUUUAGAACUGCACUGUAGUAGACGAAACUGAUGUAGACUUCACUGCUGUAGAAGGCAACGUUGUUUUUUUUUCCUUCAGGUGAUGCAGAUAUUCUUCCCACUUUCCAUACAAUUGCACCCAAAGUCCUUCCCGGGAGAUGACCCAAAUGACUGUCCGAGGGACAUGAGAAAAGAAGAAGCAAUGAAGAAGAAGUGCAAUAAUGCUGCAUUUCCGGACAAAUAUGGUCAUUAUCGCGAGGCGAAAUACUGUCAGAUAAAGCACCAUUGGUUAUGGAAGCUGCAGCAUGUGUAUAACAAAGUCCAUGUGAUGCGUGGCUACAAGGGAAAGAUACUAUUACUGGAGGAAGACUACUACGUCGCACCCGAUAUCAUUCAUAUCAUACAGAUGGUGCAGAGUUUGAGGCAGAAGGACUGGAAGGAUUGUAAGGAAUGUAAAAUAAUAGCGCUAGGAAGGUAUGAUGAGCAUCACAAUUUUCGGGUCAAUGCUGACAAGGUUGAAGUAGCCAACUGGGAAUCAUCGCGACUCAACAGGGGCAUUGCCUUCAACCGCGACCUCUGGGAAGAAAUCAAAAUGUGUGCAAAGGAGUUCUGUAUUUUUGACGACUACAACUGGGACUGGACACUGCAGCAUCUGAGCAGUAAGUGCAUCCCACAGAUGAAGGUGCUGCAGAUGGAGGCCACAAGGGUGUUCCACAUGGGAGAUUGUGGUAUUCAUCAGAAAGGGAAGAAAUGUCAACCAGAGAAGAAAAAAAAGAUAAUAGAACAGCUUGUAGGCAAUAACACGGAUCAUCUAUUCCCAAACACAUUGUCCAUAAGCAGUUACGCGAGUCUGCCACUUCAAGACCCGAAACCCAAUGGCGGGUAGGGCGACCCCAGAGACCAACACUUGUGUCUUAGCUUCGCGAAAAACACCACAGAUAAAGAAGACACAUAGUUGUGUGGACAUUUAUACAUUAAAAUGAUAUACAUUAAUGCAGACUGCUACAUUUUAUUAUUAUUUAUUAAUUAAUUGUUUUUGAUUGAGGACACGAUUUGAUUUUGUCUAGAUUAUAUCCUUUAAAAAUAAAUCCUUGACUAGAAUGAAAUGGGGAUUUUUCUUUGACUAAGUUUAAUAAAUCUAUU